AAAUACAAGGAAAAGGAGAUUUUAUCAUAUCAGACGUCCAGAGUGAAGACGGUGGAACUUAUAUAUGUUAUGCCAGAAAUGGAGUGGGAAAUGAAUUAAAUAAAAAAGUUUCCUUAACUGUAAUUGUUUCGCAUUAUGAAACCAACCCGAAGAUUUACGAAUGCUGUAUUCAAGAUUUUGAUAACAUUUUCUGCGACAGUUACUCCAUAUUUUGCUGAAGGCAAUGAUGCUCCAGAAAUUCAGCCUUUUCAAAUAUUGCCUAAACUGAAAAUAGGAGACAGUGCUAGUUUCUUUUGCUCUGUAAUGAGAGGUCAAGCUCCUUUUACCUUCAAAUGGUAUAAAAAUGGAUAUUUAAUCAAAAAUUAUUCUAAAGAUACAUCGACAAACGAAAAAUUUUCUAGUCUGGCCAUUGAUCCAGUUACAGCUUCUUCCGCAGGGAAUUACACUUGUGUAGUUAGUAAUUCUUACGGAACAAGUAGUUAUUCUGCCUUUCUUAUUGUAACAGCUCCACCUUAUUGGAUUAAGGAGCCAGAAAAUAUUGAAACAAUUGAAGGCCUAAGUGUAACUUUCAACUGCUACGCUGGAGGAAAACCCGAACCUCAAAUAAUUUGGAAAAGAUCAGAAUCCUCUUUCAACAAAAAGCAUCAUAUGUUUAAUGAAGAAACUAUGCCCAGUUCUAAUGGCACGUUGUUAUUGAAUCCUGUUUUGAAAGAUGACGAAGGGUCAUAUCUAUGUGAAAUUACCAGCGAAGUUGGAGAUCAGUUGAGAAAGAAAGUAUCUUUAAUAGUCCACGAUGCUCCAAAAGUACUCCCUUUCAUAUUUCCAACAAUGGUAGAGAUAAAGGAAAAAGCUUCUGUGGCUUGCAUACUACAACAAGGCACACCGCCUUUGAAAUUUAAGUGGCUUAAAGAUGGCAGAGAAAUAUCUAAAUCAAAUAACGUAAAAAUAAAAACUAUGGAUGAUAUUUCAGUUAUCACCAUUGAACCCGUAAAUCCAAAAGAUUCCGGAAAUUACACGUGUUCUGUUACAAAUAGUUUUGCAAGAGAUGAACAUUCAGCAGUUUUGGUGGUGGAAGCGCCUUCUCGUUGGGUUUUGGAACCUGUAGAUAUUGAAAUUAUAGAAGGGAAAACUGCUAUUUUAACAUGUGUAGCUGAUGGGUCACCUCCGCCCACAUACACCUGGAAGAAAUGGGAAGGAGAAAAGACUAUUAUUUUAAGAAAUCAAAACGAUGGCAAUUUAACAUUUCAUCAAGUAAACACAGAAAACGCUGGUAAAUAUAUUUGUGAAGCUGGAAAUGGUAUUGGAGAAAGACUGCGGAAAGCAGCAAAUCUCAUUGUGCAUGUUCCCGCUCGCUUUGAUGAGAAAUUCACAGUAGUUACAGUAAAGAAAGGCGAUAGCGCCAGUCUACGUUGCGAAGCUGUAGGAGAUCAACCAUUAUCUGUUAUCUGGAAAAGAGAUGGCAAAGAACUAAGAAAAAUUAACGGUGGCAGAUACGAAAUAUUUGAAACAUUAACGCCGAAGGGUUUAAAAUCAGAACUGGUCCUUCGGGAAGCAGAUCGGACUGAUGGUCAAUUAUACACUUGUUUGACGGAGAAUCCAUACGGUAAAGAUGAAAGAAGCAUCAAACUUUUAGUUAUGGAGGUUCCAGCCACCCCUCUAGACUUGAAAGUACAAGAAGUGUGGAGUCGAAGCGUCAGUGUAUCUUGGUCUCCACCUUACACAGGAAACAGUCCCAUCACGAAGUAUGUCUUGCAGUACUGGAGAGAUGCAGCCUCUGGUGGUCGACAUCGACUUGAGGAAAAAGUUGUAACAAGUGCUCAGACUUCAGCCUUGAUAAAGGAUCUUCAUCCAGGAACAAAUUAUGGUUUGGCAAUCGUAGCUGAGAAUACGGUAGGGAGGGGAGAACCAUCGGAUACGGUUUCCUUUUCCACUGGAGAAGAAGAACCCUCAGGUGCACCAAUGGAUGUGAAUGUAGAUGUCAAAGGAGCUGCUUCUUUGCUUGUCACAUGGAAGGCUCCUCCGAAAAGCGAAUGGAAUGGUAAAUUGAAAGGCUACUAUGUGGGCUAUAAAAUUAUGCACGAUUCAAACCACCCUUAUUCUUUCAAGACAGUUGAUUACAUUCCUGGUGGAGUUCAGGAGCAUAUGAUCACUAGUCUUCGUAAAGACACGGAAUAUAGUAUCAUUGUAAAAGCAUUUAACUCUGCGGGAAGUGGACCACCUUCUCAAGAUGUUAUCGUUAGAACGCUUGGAGGAGACCUUCCACCAGCACCAAUAGUUUUUGUGGUAGCAACAUCAGAGACAUCUAUCAAAAUACAGUGGCGGUCAGCUGACACUAAGAGUCCGAUAUCAGGUCAUGCCAUUCACUACCGGAAAAAGGGUGAAGGGUGGCAACGCGUGGCAGUGACGUCAGCCAACGAGAAUUCGUACACAUUGACAGGCCUACAUGGAGGUGCCUUCUAUCAGCUGUAUGUAACAGCCAAUAGCGACUACGGUGAGGGAGAUCCUAGUGACGUCGUCACUGUAAAGACUUACGCUGGCACCGAUAAUGUAGUUUUGCUUGCUGGCGCAAAAGAAGCUCCUUUGAUGUUGGAUAUGUCCUUACUUAUACCAGUGGCUGCGUCACUUUUGGCUGUGACGGUUGUUAUUGUUGCAGUCUGUAUAUGGGUUCUUAAAGCGAAAUCUAGAAGAAAUCUAGAAAGAGCCAUUCAAGAGGAUAAGCGGUACAUCUAUGCCGCAGCAACGCAGCGAUACGUGGACAUCGACAAGACGCGGUCUCUGCCAGCCUAUCAUGAUCCCGCCUUAAUAAACUUCCCCACGCCGUAUGCGACUGUGCCCAUGGGAGAUGAUAUCUCAGAAGGAGGGGGCAAGGACGACCCCAAUCAGGAGAUGAAGUCUUUCUUACCACAGAAUAUGAAAGACAGACCAUUACCGAAGCCGGGAUCCCUAAAAAAGCAGCGAGAAUCUCAUAUCUAUGACAGUCCUCAGUGAAAAAUGUGGGAAUCAUCAUUAGUUUUUGAUACUUUUGGUGCUUCCUCUAAGGACAAGAAAUCACUGAAAAACCUUAUAAAAAUUAUGCGUGAUUCUUUUCCCGCCAUCGUUGUCAGUUGCUGAGAACUUCGAUAACGAGUAAACUUUACAAUAAAUUGUAAGGAACUAAUAGCUAUUAUAAAUGAUGCUCGCGUUUGGAAUAUACCAUGCUGAUAAUAGCUUUUACUGACAUUUCAAAGGCAGGCUGGUUAUAUUUUCCUGUGAGCCAUUAAAUGACAGAUACAUUUAAAUCAGACUGAAUUUAAAGGAGGUACAUAAUUUUUAUUUUUAUUUUUUAAUUCUGGUGGAAAACGUUUUGCAAUUUAUGUAGAUAUUUCACUUUUUAUAUUUCUAAGUCAAAUACUUGCUAGACACAUGUGUAAUAAUUAACUUAGCUUCUUUACAGUGCCUAAACUUGCGUGCACGAAUUAUCGUCAUUAGAAAUUAAUUUAUGUACUGAAUUAACGAACAUAUACGGAUAAACAGCGGUUGAAGAAUUAUUUGCUCUACAAACUAAAACUCAACAAACUGCCCUCCUAUACUUAUGAAGUUUUAAAGUAACAAAACUUAUGUAAGUGACAAAAAAAUAAUAUUUACCAAACUCAGACUCCACUAAAAUAUAUUUUCUCUAACACUGAAUUGUAAAUGAAAUUGGCUGGAGAGCAGCUUAUGAUAUAAUGUAUCGAGAGAGUUAUUGUGGUCAACAGAGCUCAGAUGUUGUCAAUCUAUGCUUUCUAAAUACCGUUUGCAUUCAGAAUUUUAAUCUUAAGCUAAAUUGCAUUCUAGUAACGAAAGCUAGAAAGUGCAGAUGCGAAUUUACAUAAAAAUAACUGAUUGAUUAAACAAAUACUUUAUAUGUAUUAAUGAAUUUGUCCAAUAAAAGAAUAACACGAUCUGCUAAAGUGCAAAUAAAUACAAAAAUGAAUGAACUGAAAUGAGGUUAAUAUAAAAAAUAUAAAAAUUAGAGUAAUUAAAUAAGAAUAAAACUAAGCUUUGCAAAAUAUUAAGCAUGCCACCUCAUUUAAUAUUUAAAUUUAAAACACUUAAUAUGCUAGUAAAUAUGAAACAUAAAUGGGAUUAUAUGAUACGAUAAUGAACAGUAUUUUUUAUUAAACUAAUAACAGAAAUUGAAAAAAGGAAUACAGAAUAAAAUUCCUUAAGUAUUAGAAUUUUUCUUCCCAUUGGCGGGCACUUAGCCGGAUGAGGCUUGGACACUACUAAGGCCGGAAGUGGUGGCCACUUUAUAGCGGAAGCAUCUAAUAGGUGCACCGUUACCUUCUGUGAAGGGACGGACAAUUACAGCCAUGCCUUCUCCGGAAUUCGAACUCGGGCCUUUCUGUAUCGCAGUAGGCUCUCCUAACUACUGUACCGUCUGUAAGUAUUAGAACAGACAAUUUUCUUUAAUUUGCUUAUGAGUUAAUGCCUGUCUUGUUUUCGCAUUUUUUUUGGAGUAUAACAGUUUAUCCGUCACCGAGUUUGAAAUUGUUUUAUUUUAAUAUCGGAGUAUCAGGCAUUGUGAUUAACUAUGAAGCAUUCCAGAAAAAUUUAUUCACUUUACAGAAGGUAUAUAGAACGAGUUUCAUUCAUAUGAGCGAGCACUUACAAAAAAUUAUUGAUAUGCUAUGUGAGUAAAUCUGUCUAAUUAUUUGAACAGUUAACAGUUGAAAACCAAGCUCAGAGUUCUCGAGAACAAUGUUAUUAAACCAAAGUUCUUUUCAUUUCAACUGUUUUCGAAAUAAACACAAAAAGAAUAUUUUUAAAAAAUUUGUUUCACUUAUCUAAAAUAACAUUAAUUUACCUCAAUGAUUCAUAUGAGCUAUCCUAAUGCUGUUUUAAAUAUCUAACCUUUCUCCCGUCAGAACGUUUCUAUUAACGGGUGUUUUUAAAGUCUUCUUAGUUAGAUUCGUUUACACUAAUAUUACUCUAGAAAUUUUAAAAAUGUAACUUGAAUUCCGUGAUUUUUUUAUUCAGUAUACUAACACUAAAAUUCAGAAGCUUUUUUAUGUAAUUUUGCAAUGAAAUACGUUUUGUUAUAUAAAUCAUGUUCAGUAUAUCCUAUUUUCCAGACGCGAUUUUUAUUUUCUUCGUAUAGUUAUUGAAGUCCGAAAUUUAUACAGAUAUAUUUCUAUAAAAGCUAUUAUCAGUAUGAGCCCCCACACUUUUAUCUGAUGAGUCUGGUUUCCUUAUAAAGAGAGCAACUGUGUUAAGUGUGUCUGUUACCUAUGCAAUUUGAAUAGAUGCUGCCCAUGCAUGUGCGCCAUACUAGAGAUUUUUGAAAAUGAAACAAUAAUGUAGUAGAAUGGAUUUAUUACAUUCGCCAAAUUCUGUACUGAAACAGAAAAAAAUGAAAAAUUUACCCGAUGUUUAACUUGUGUUACGGAAAAUUUUCUGCAUGUUAUGUAUAUUGAGACCAAAUAACUUUAAAACUUGCGUUGACAAUCUGAGGAUUGUGUCAACAAGAAGUGAUAAAAAUCAGCGCCAUGAUAUGUGAUUUGGAAACUAAAUUUCAUCUUUUGUAAAUAGAUGAGAUCAUCAGUCACACAGAAUAAAAAAGUAAUAUCUAGUACAAUUGUACCUACACAGUGAAGCAUUAUUAUAUUGCAUAUAAUCACAACAAGAAUAUUUAAUGUUUUCAUUUUUGUAGACUGGUGAAUAUAGAGAUGUAUAAUGGUAACAAGAGAUGGAAUUUACAUUUUAAUGUUACGAAACGUAAUACGAAUCACAAUCAUUUUUUAAUGUUAAGGAAUGUAAUCUGCAAUAGAAUAUCAUAUUACGAAGUUUAUUCACUGUAAUUACUACAUUACUCCUAAUAAUAGGAUCUCUAAGGCGUAAACUGAGUAACAAUUGAAACUGAUAGAAAUGAAGCAAUUAUGACAUAAAAUAAGUUAGAUAACUGAUUUUAAUCUGUAAUCAAAAAGAUUGAAAUCUGCCCAUGGAUAUACUUCGUUAAAAAUGUAUAAAAAGGUAUUGUGGAAGAGCAGUUACACCGUAAAUGUUGAAAUGAUUUUGUUAACUUAUAUUAUGAUUAUGUGUUUAUAUAAUUUUCGUAUAUUUUAUGAUUACGCGUGUAAGGUACGCUAUUAAUAUUUUCAUUCGCAUUAUAUUUCGUUAUCAAGAACAGGAAGCAUUCACAUCCACACAAUCUUUUGAAGUGAAUGAUAAAGUCUUACUGCAAAUCACUUAGAUGUGCACCUUAUGGCAGUAUACAUAUGAAAUGUUUCUGCAAUAUGCAACUUCUAAGAUACUAAUUCAAUAAAUUUAAAGUACUUAUAGAAUAUUUCUUUCUAAAACAAGCUGUUACAGUGUAUGCAUCAUUGGCAUACAUAGUCACAAUGAAAUUAUAGCAAAAAUAAUUGUUCCGCUGUAAAGAAAGAUUAUUUAUUUAUCAUAAAAAAAUUUAUAUUUUUUCCAGUUCUAAGAAGUUAAGCUUUUCUAUUUUAAAAUAAGACAAAAAUAUGCUUUAAAACAUUGCGAUCAUUAUUCUAUAAAUCUUUUAUUGAAAAUCAUAUUUAUGUCUAUUAAAUAUAUUUAAAUGUAUUAGUUAUUAUCAAAACUAUUUUAAUAUACUCAUAUAGUUGUGUUUUGAACUCUUAUAUAUUGCUCAUAAGUAACUGGUGCAUUUUAAUGUUUUCCAUAUUUUUAUAAGGAUUUUAAAUGAUUAAUGUUAAUUUAAUUAUGCUUGCUCAAUCUUGGAUAUCUGAUUACAAAAGUUGUGAAAUUAUUUGUGAUUUAAAAAGAAUUUUACCUAUGUUAAUAUUUCCCAAUCAACGUACUUAAAAUUAGGUGAAAUUUUGUGGAAUGUGCUACGUGGUGAUGUUUUGAAAUUGAACUUCAGUUUGUUAAUAUGCCUGGAAAAAAAUUACUUGAAAUAUAGUAAUAUUUUUUUUUAAACUUCGAAAUAACUGAAUGCGUAUGCUAUGUAAAAAUGCAGUUAAUUUAAUAAUUAAAAGCAAUAAAAUUUGAACAAAUCAUAAAGCUGAAAUACUUUGAUAAAUUCUAGUAUUUAAGUGAUUUAUAUUUUUGUAAAUGUAAUAAAUUGAAAAGUAACAUUAUUGUAGAUUUUCAACGACGGUAACAUGUCAUUUUAUCUUAUUCCUAUACAUCAAACAAAGUCAACUGAGAAAAUUUGUGGAAUCAUAGCUGUUUUAUAAAGGUGUUCAUAAAUAUAUUUCUCCAUUUUAGCUGAGGAAGGAAAACAAAAUUUUAAAUUACAAUAUUGAUAUGUUUUUAUGAUAAUAAUUAGCCUUUAUCAUCCAUCACAUAAUUUUUAGUUACAUGUAUUCCAUGUUUUCAUUGGAUUUUUAGCAGAAUUUGCAUCAUGAUGUGUAUCAAACUACAGAGAUAAUAAUAGAAAUACUAGCAAUUAAUUAGGAGAGCAGCUAAGUAAAAAUACUAUUUCAUUACUUAUUAUGUAAUUUAUAUUUAUAUGAAAUAGUAAAUGUCAUAAUUAUAUAAUCACUGGUAGUUCGGCUUUUAAUUCUGUAUUACUUAAGGAUGAAAGGGAAUUUAGCGUGACUAAUUAAUUCAUAGUUUUCCUAAAUAUUGAUCAAUAUAAUUAUGUUAUGUUUAUGAUUAUAGAGUGAAUAUAAUUUGUAUUUCAACUGAGUAUAUUUGUUUACUAAACGAGAACAUGAAACUUUCAAAGAAAACAUUAAAUAUGUACUUAUUUGUAUGUCUCUAGGUACGAUUGAUGCAAAUAGAUGAGGAUAAUUGAAAUAUGAUUGCAGCUUUAUAUUAGACAUAAUUAAUGUUGUUAUGAGAACUGAAAAUAGUUAAUUAAUUGAAAGGCAGUUAAUAAAAGAAUUAUUUCUAAAAUUUGUAUAUAAAACAUUUUCCCGUGGGCUAUGAAGACCAAUGUUUUAUGUAUUUUAUUAUUUUAUGUAUUUAUGUAUCCAUUUAAUCAUCUGUUUUAAGAGGAAAGAGCAAAAAACCAAUCGACAGGGUCUUACACUUAUGAGGGAGUAAAUUUUAAAUCUCCAUAGUUUACUGAAAUUUCUUGCGAUAUGUUUAAAGUAAUGAUUGAGAGGGAAAUAUAUGUCCCAGCCCCCAGGAAAAGGUUAACGCCUUUCGAUUUGAAACAGUCGAGAGUAAAUUAUCUUGUAAUUUUUAAGUAUGUGAUACUAUACAUUAUUCAUCAAACUGUCUUGCUUCUGAAUAUCCAAAAAUUAUUUUAAUUUUGCAAAUAUUUUAUUAGCUUCUUUCAAUUUUUAUGUAGUUUUUAAAUUAAAAAAUACAUGUAAAUGCACUUACUAUUUUAUACUAAAGAAAGGCAAUUCUUUUACAAAAGAUGUAUGAGAAUAACCAUGGAUUUCUACAUUAAUAUCAAAAGUAGCUGUUCGGAGCUCUCGAAAGGAAUAAAACGGUAAAACAACAUGGAUUUUAUGUAUUAAUAUUUCGCUUCCAUAUUUCUACUGUAAAUGAUAUGCGUAUCGUUUUGUAAAAUAUGAGUUAAAUAUGAUUUGAUUGUGUUUAUUUUUUAUGUGUCAUGCUACAGUUUUCAAAACCAAUUUUAUUUUUUUACAUUAAAGCAUUAUGUUUCAUUAUUUGCAAUAUUAAAAUAUUAUAUUAUUUCAAACAUCAAGAUAUUUUGUUUCAAUAUUUGCUAUCCAAAUACAAUUACUGCAAACAUUAUAAAAUACUUUUUAUUCAAUUAUCAUCUUCUAUAUUACUUUCUAAAUUUGUCCGAUAAGUUACAAUAAGAAUCAUGGUGGCUAAGCUGACUAUAAGAAUAUUUAAAAGUAAUUUUUGCAACUAUAGUACGUUAUUCAAAAGUGAUUAAAUAUAUUACCUCUAUUUAUUGCAAUUAAUAAUCUUUUUGUGCAUAGAAGAUUAUUUUUUCCUUCCCCUUCUACUCAUACCGAUGAGGAUACUUGAGCAUACACAUUUUAAACCAAUCAUUCUUUCAGAAUUUUAAUUUAAAAUUUUCGAUUUUUCUAGGAGCGUUUAUUUCAUUUCAAUAUCUCAGGACUAUCUGUUAGAAUAUUGAACACUGUUUUAAAUACAUAACUGCAAGCGCGUUUAUUUUUUAGGAUAAUAACUCUGCAUUGAAUUAAAAAGAUAUGAUACUACUAUAAAUAUGAGUUUAUCUUAUCAGAAAUAGAAAAAUGUAUGUGAACUAUUCAUAUUUUUUGCUGAAAGGAAAAACGUUAUCUAGGUUCAGAUGCAUGAAAUAUUCCAAGUACUAGAAUUUUAUUGAAUAGUUGAUUUAUUUUCUGUAUAACUUGCACGUAUUAUAUAAUUUUUUUUUCAUAACAUAUCACUCUAGAAAAGUAAUCGCUUUGAAAAUGCUCAAAUUGGUUCAGUUGGUGUUGGCAUAAUGCUUGUGAGGAUAUUGUAAAUAAGUGCAUUAUAUAGUCCUUCUGAGCUUGUAAACUUUCAGUUGUUUUGUAAAAUAAAUACGAUUUUUUCUUGU